AUGAAGUUGCUGCUGUUGCUGCUGCUGAUGGAACAAACUGCAGCUGAGCAGAGAGGUCUGUUCCCGGCCAUCCUGAACCUGGCCAGUAACGCAGUGAUCAGCAGCAACGCAACAUGUGGCGACCCAGAACCCGAAGUUUACUGUAAACUGGUCGAGCACGUUCCAGGACGAAGGAUCAAGAACCCACACUGUCCCAAAUGUGACGCCAACUCCGUCCUCAGCAAAGAACGUCAUCCAAUUACAAACGCCAUCGAUGGAACCAAUCAGUGGUGGCAGAGUCCAAGUAUCAAGAACGGGCGACAGUUUCACUGGGUCACCAUCACACUGGACCUCAAACAGAUUUUUCAGGUCGCCUACAUCAUCAUCAAGGCAGCGAACUCUCCUCGCCCAGGUAACUGGAUCCUGGAGCGCUCUCUGGAUGGUGUGAACUUUGACCCCUGGCAGUUUUAUGCCAUCAGCGAUUCUGAAUGUUUGACUCGUUACAACAUCACACCGAGACUCGGACCUCCGACCUAUAAGAGCGACACUGAGGUCAUCUGUACGUCGUAUUACUCCAGACUGAACCCACUGGAGCACGGAGAGAUCCACACCUCUCUGAUUAACGGGCGACCCGGAGCUGACGAUUUGACCUCUGACCUCCUCAACUUCACAUCAGCUCGUUACAUCAGACUCAGACUUCAGCGAAUCAGAACUCUGAACGCCGACCUGAUGACACUGAGCGCUCGCGACCCCCGAGACAUCGACCCCAUCGUCACCCGGAGGUAUUAUUACUCCAUCAAAGACGUGUCUGUGGGCGGGAUGUGUAUCUGUUACGGACACGCUCAGAGCUGCCCACUGGACCCUGUUACCAAGAAGCUGCAGUGUGUGUGUGAACACAACACCUGCGGAGAGAACUGCAACGAGUGUUGCCCUGGUUACCACCAGCAGCCAUGGCAACCAGGGACCAUCUCAGAGGGAAACACGUGUGAAAAGUGUAACUGUCACAACAAAUCACUCGACUGUUUCUACAAUCAAACCGUCUCUGAGCUGUUUUUGAGUUUAAACUCUCGCGGAGUUCGUCGGGGAGGCGGAGUUUGUAUCAACUGCCAACAAAACACAGCUGGCAUCAACUGUGAGACCUGCAGAGACGGAUACUACAGACCUGCUGAGAUUUCUCCAUACGCAGACUCUCCUUGUGUUGAGUGUAACUGUGACCUGAGAGGAUCGAAGUCUUCGGUCUGCACCAGAGACGACACACAGCCAGGUGUGUCUGCAGGUCAGUGUGUGUGCCGGGAGGGAUUUGCAGGUCAGCAGUGCGAUCGUUGUGCGUUUGGAUACAGAGACUUUCCUCAGUGUAUUCGCUGUGAGUGUAACCUGGCAGGCAGCAUCAACACCGACCCCUGCAGUCCCUGCACCUGCAAGGUGAACGUGAUGGGAGCCCACUGUGAUCUGUGUAAACCAGGAUUCUACAACCUGCAGGAGAAAAACCCAGGUGGCUGCACUGACUGUUUCUGUUUCGGUGUGUCCGACGUCUGCGAGAGCUCCACCUGGUCCACGGCUCAGGUGUUUCUUACAGACGCUUGGCUCCACCCCUCUCCGUCCCUCCACACACCCACUGUCGUCCACGGUAACGACCUCCCUGGCCCCAGCAACGUAUCAUCAGGCGACGCCCACAAAGUGCUCUCCUGGGCGGCACCUGCCAGUUUCCUCGGCAACAAGCUGGUGUCAUAUGGAGGUUACCUGAACUAUUCCGUGGUUUAUGACAUCCCAUUGGACAAUGAAGACCACUCUCUCCCCGCCCACUCUGACAUCAUCAUUGAGGGUCACGGCCAGACUCUUCGUCUCUCGCCUCUUCUCCUCCUCUUCCUUUCUCCGCUGGCCGAGCGCUCGAUCGCCGUGGCAAUGGUCCCACAGCGAUUUGUAAACGAUCAUACAGGUGUUCACGUAACCCGCGACGACCUGCUGUCGGUUCUCGCUGACAUCACGUCGCUGAGGGUCAGAGUUCAUCUGAACGCCUCUGCCAGCGGGCCGAUACGUCUCAGUUCAGUAUCUCUGGAUGUUGCUGACUCUGGAUCAGUUCCUGGGGUUCAGGCAGUUGCUGUGGAGACCUGUGAGUGUCCGUGGGGUUACAGUGGAACUUCCUGUGAGGCGUGUCUCCCAGGUUUCUACAGAGUGGGCGGAGUAUUGUUUGGAGGAAACUGUAUGCAGUGUGAGUGUAAUGAUCACGCCGCCGAGUGUGACGUCCACGGAGUUUGUUUGGGUUGUACCCACAAUACUACAGGUCCUCACUGUGAUCAGUGUCUCCCUGGUUUCUAUGGCGACACCUCAGAGGGGACAACAGAUGACUGUCAGCUGUGUCCGUGUCCUCUGACAGAGCCAUCCAACAGUUUUAGUCCCACCUGUGUGCUGGAGGCACCUGGUCAGGUGUCAUGUGACCAGUGUCAGGAUGGAUACACAGGAACCAACUGUGAGAGGUGUGACAGUGGUUACUACGGUAACCCACAGGUGAUGGGCGGGGCCUGUGUUCGCUGUGAGUGUAACGGUAACGUGGACGUCAGGGAUCCGGAACACUGUGACACCGUCACUGGGGAAUGUCUGCUUUGCCUCAGCAACACGGCCGGGAGACACUGUGAGGUCUGUCAACCUGGUUACUAUGGAGACGCUGUGCAUGCCAAGGACUGUCGGGAGUGCAGCUGUGAUGUCAGCGGCGCCCUCUCCAGUGUGUGUGAUGUCACAACAGGUCAGUGUCCCUGCAGAGAAAAUGUGACGGGGCGCACCUGUGACCGCUGCCAGUCGGGAUUCUUCGGGCUGCAGAGCAGGGAGGGCUGCUGGCCCUGCAGCUGCAGCCCAUCUGGAUCUGUUUCUGAGUCGUGUGACGGAGACGGCCGGUGCCAGUGUGUGGAGGGCGUGGGUGGAGAUAAGUGUGACCGCUGCAGUCGGGGUUACUAUGGUUUCGAUGGCAGUGGCUGCACAGCAUGCAACUGUAAUCACACUGGUGGGAACUGUGACCCCAGGAACGGAGAGUGCAUCUGCCCCGCCCACACAGAGGGAGACACCUGCAACAAGUGUGAGACAGGUUACUGGGGUCAUGAUCCAACCACAGGCUGCAAGCCGUGUAGCUGCAGCGUAGCAGGAAGCUCCGCCCCUCAGUGCGAUCUCACCAAUGGGCGGUGUCAGUGCAGAGAGGGGUUCUCUGGCAGGUCGUGUGACCGAUGUGCUCCUGGUUAUCAUGGUUACCCAGCAUGCUCAGCAUGCGGCUGCGACACGGCAGGAACAGAAGAGAAGUUCUGCAACACGUCCACAGGAGUGUGUGACUGUCGACACGCCGGAGAGUGUGUGUGCAAGGUCGGGGUGUCGGGUCGGCGCUGUGAGGAGUGCGUCUCCGGCUGGUUCGGUUUGUCAGCUGUGAAUCCUGACGGCUGCUCUCCCUGUUUCUGUUCCGGACUGAGCCGAGAAUGUGAGGAGCAGGGAGGACUCAGCAGAGCAGCUAUCACCUUGUCUCACGCUCCAGCUCUCUUGCCGUUGGUCAGUCAGUCUAACCUGCAGGGUGUCGUAUCUGGAGUUUACCAGCAGGGCGGCGAGAUGCUGCUUGAUACCCGUCAGUUGAACUCCAGCAGGAUGGCCGGGCCGCUCUACUGGAGACUGCCCUCCCAGUUUGAAGGCGUCCAGCUGCUGACGUACGGCGGCCUGCUGUCUUACGUCACUACCUUCUACGCUGAGGACAGUUCAGGACUGUCCAAUCACGAGCCUCAGGUGCUGAUGAGGGGCGGAAACUUGAGGAAGUUUGUUAUAUACACUGACAUGCCCCCCCCCGGCAACGGCGUCAGGACUCAGCAUGACAUCAGGAUGACAGAGCACAAAUGGAAGUAUUUUAACUCGGUGUCGGAGAAGGCCGUGAGUCACGCUGACUUCAUGUCCGUCCUUAGCAACAUCCAGUACAUAAUCAUCAAGGCUUCGUAUGGGAGCAGACUGCAGCAGAGCAGGAUCUCUAACAUUACCAUGGAGACAGCAGCGGAGGCAGAGUUAGAUGAGGUGUCGGAGGUUACAAGGGGUGUGGCCAGACUGAUCGAGUCCUGUGUCUGUCCAUCUGGAUACAGCGGGCUGUCCUGUCAGGACUGUGCAGCAGGUUAUUUCCGUCAGCCUCAGUCGGAGCUGUCGCGUCAGAGUCAGAAGUCGAUGUUUGUUCGUCCAUGUGUUCAGUGCCGCUGCAACAACCACAGUGAGAGCUGUGACAUGGAGACUGGACACUGCCAGGACUGUCAGCAUCACACCAGUGGGCGGAGCUGUGAGCGCUGUGCUCCAGGGUAUUAUGGGAACGUCAGUGGCUCCAUCAGUGACUGUUCACUGUGUGCCUGCCCCUUACAGGACAACAGUUUCAGUCCCACCUGUGUGGCAGACGGAGCAGUCGGUGAUUUUCGCUGCACCAACUGUCAGACAGGAUACGAGGGGAGAUACUGUGAGAGGUGUUCUGUUGGUUACUAUGGUAACCCCUCGUUGCCGAGCGGGAGGUGUUCAAGGUGUGACUGCAGUGGCUGGGGGUCUGUCCACCCACUGUGUGACACACUGACGGGACAGUGCGAGUGUCUGGCCGGGGUCCAAGGUCAGUCAUGUGACCAGUGUGACGAGAGGCACGUCCUGCAGGGAGGAGAGUGUGUGUCGUGUGACGACGAAUGCACGGGCGUUUUGCUGGAUGACCUGGACAAACUACAGAACGACUUCCUGUCCGUCAACCUGAGCGGCAUUGCCAUGGCACCGUACCGCCAGUUGGUGGUGCUAGCAAACCAGACCAGAGAUAUCCAGGUGCUGCUUUCAGACAACCGCUCCAUCACUUUCCAUCUGUCAAGAGUGGAAGACGAGUUCAAUCAUUUGACCUCUGACCUCAGUGCUUUAGUGCAGCAGGUCACACGUCUGUCAAACAGCCUGGAGGAAGUGGACAUGUCCGCCAACAACAGCCUCUCCCAGGGCGCACUGCUACUGGGGAACAUCAGUGUCCUGCAAAACAGCGUUCAGGUGCUGCAGAGGGAGGCGGGGCAUCUGAACCAGACCACAGGGGCGGAGCUGGAGUCAGCCAAUCAGACGCAUCUGCUGGAGGACUUGGAGUUCAUGUUGGAAACCAUGAGGACUGUCAAUCUGACGGCCGCCCACACUGCAGCCAAUCAGGAGCUGAGCCUGUCGGAGUCUCUUGUCAACUCGCUGCACGUGGACUUCCUGUCCAGCAGGACAGUGGUGGACAGCAGGCUCCGCCCCAUCUCCAUGUCCCUCACUGCCGGCAUGGAAACGCUGCAAAACGCACACACACACCUGAAUGACACUGCACAAAGAAACGCACAAACAGACUCUCUGCUGGACACAGCACACACUCUCCUGCACCAAUACCAGUCUGUCCAUCAGAACCUGAGCGCUGAGUGUCUCUCUGUGGACGGACUGAUGGAGGACAGUCAGCUGCUGCUGGAUUACACCUUCAGCCUGACGGAGGAGUUAACAAACACCACCAUACAGGUGGAGGUGUUGGCCAGUCAGUUGGAUCAGUGGCGCCCCCCGUUGAGAAAACAGGUGGACGUUUUGGUUGUUGGGCUAAAGAUGACAGACGCUCUAGAGAAGGUUUACCGCGCAGAGAGCUACGCCCACUCGUUGCAGAGCCACGCCCAGUCCCUGCACAGCUCUCUGUCGUCGAUGUGCAACAUGUCUCAGGGCGGCAGCCGAUUGGUUCAGUUGGACAGUGACAUCGCAGAGCGAGUUGACUCCGCCCAGCAGGUGGCCUCGAUUGCCCGUGUCUCCUCCUCCCUGGCUCUCAACAUGACCAUCCAAUCACAGCAGCUGCUUUCAGAGGAGGGUGGAGCCAAACUGAACGUCAGCUCUGCUGUUUUACAAGAAAGCCGACAAACUAACAAGACAGUUGAAGAUCUGCAGCGAAGUGUCUCCAGGGUAACCAGCAGACUGGGAUUGGUCAGAGAGAGCAUCCGUAGCGCCAGUCUCUUCCUCCCUCAGCCAAUCACAGAGCUGCAGAGCCUCUCUAACGGUUCAUCCAUGUUGUUGCAGCAGGCUCAGCUUCAAGCUGCAGCUGCACGCUCUGGCCUACAGGUGGCACUGCAGCAGCUGCAGAGACUUAGCAAUCAGCUGCAGGACUCUUCUUCUGUGGUGGAAAACACCACCAACACAGUGAGGGAGACCAAUCAGCUGGUGACUCACACACACGCCGCAGCCAAUGAGGUGCAGCUUAAGCUGGAGGAGGCGGAGCAUCGUACGGAGCGUCUGAUGGAGCGCAUAAAGCCACUGAGCAUUCUGGGAGAAAAACUAAGCAGGAACCUGUCUGACAUCAGAGAGCUGAUCGAUCAGGCCCGCAGACAGGCCGCAUCGAUAAAGGUGGCCGUGCAGGCGGACAGAGACUGUGUUCGAUCCUACAGACCACAGACUGAGUCCAGCAACUUCAACACUCUGAGUCUGAUCGUGAAGACGUCCAGUCCAGAUAACCUGCUGUUCUACCUGGGCAGCAACACCACGGUGGAUUACCUCGCAUUAGAGACGCACGAUGGGAAGGUGUCUCUGCUGUGGGAUGUGGGUUCAGGCGGCACCAGACUGGACUUUCCUGGACUGGACAUCACCAACAACAGGUGGACCAGAAUCAAUGCUACACGGUUUGGGGCCCACGUCUCUCUAUCGGUCCAUCAGCUGGAGUCGACCUUGCCUCCGUUGCCCGUGGUAACAGCAACGUCACCUGGAUCGUCCCGGAUUUUAGACAUCAACAGAAACACAGUGAUCCACAUUGGAGGACUGGGAGCUCACAUUAAGAGCCCUGCGGCACUGAGGUCCUCCAGCUUCCAGGGCUGUCUGGGUGAAGCGUCGCUCAAUGAGAGAAACAUCGGCCUGUGGAACUACGACAGCAGGGAGGGGGAGUGUGGCGGCUGCUUCAGCAGUCCUCAGGCAGAGGAGACUUCCUUUCACUUUGAUGGAUCUGGAUUCUCAUUGGUCCAGAAGUCUCUGCGUGCCACGUCCACCUCCAUCGUCCUGCUGUUUAAAACUCUGUCACCCAGUGGAUUAAUGCUGUACCUGGCCUCCAACAACACUAGAGACUUCCUGUCCAUGGAGCUGGCAGAGGGGCAUGUCCGUCUCACCUUUGACCUUGGUUCAGGUGCUCUGAUCCUGACCUCCAACAGGAAGUACAACACCGGAGUGUGGUACAAGAUCACCCUGCAGAGGAACAAACGCAAAGGUUACCUGUCCAUCAUGGCUGCAGACCAAUCAUCAGAGAAGGAGGUGUUGGAGGCAGAGUCCCCUGGAACGGCCUCCGACCUGAACCGCUCCGACCUCGACCCCAUCUACAUUGGAGGACUUCCUGCUUCCAGACCAAUCAGGCGACAGGUGGUGUCCAGGUCAUACAUUGGCUGUAUAAAAAACGUGGAGAUCGCUCGGUCCAACUUUGAUCUGCUGAGAGACGCGUACGGCGUGAGGAAGGGCUGCGUCCUCGAGGCGGUGCGGAGCGUGUCGGUGCUGGGCGGAGGCUUUGUUCAGAUCGCUCCUCCAUCUCUCGGUCAGGAGGCAGAGCUUCUCUUCUCCUUCUCCUCCAACAACCAAUCAGGAGUCCUGCUGGCUGCCUUCAGUGACGGCCGCUCACACAGACAGCACUUCCUGUCUGUCCACCUUCUCUCAGGUGCAUUGGAGGCGGAGAUUGGUGAGGUGGGAGGGGCCACUUGGAGGGUGAUGGUGAUGAGACCUGACGGAGGAUCCUUCAGUGACAGAGAGACACACUCUGUGAUUAUCACCAUCAACAGGAAGUCUCUGUCCCUACAGGUGGACGAGGACCACCUGAAGUCUGUCUCUCUCUUGCCGGGCGGAUUUUCUAGUUUAUCUACAGCCUCCUUCUUCAUUGGUGGCCUGCCUUCAGGGGAGGAGUCCCGUCUACCAAUCAGAUUACAGGAUUUAGCUAGGCAGUUCAGAGGUUGCAUCAAACACCUGGUGGUGGGUGGAGCACUUGUUGACCUAUCAGGAGCUGUGAAGUAUGAAGGGGCAAGGCUCGACAGCUGCUUAUUGGAGGAGAGGGCCGGGGGGGUGGUGCUUCCCGAUGACCAGGACGCAGAAGCAACUCCAGAACCUGCCCACCUGCCUGUAGCCCCACCCACACACCUGAGCUCCCUCACACCUGGACCGUUAAUGUGCACGCUGGAGGCAGAGCCCAGUUUUCUGGCAUCAGCUGCUCAGUUUGGUUUGUCCAAACACAGUCACAUGACCUUCAUCAUCAACCCCAGUACAGUCAGGAAGAGUGUCUCAGUGAGGUUGUCGGUUCGAAGCCGGGCUCUGGACGGGUUGAUCCUCCUCCUCUCUGACUCUAAACACAUGGACUUCAUCGUCCUCAGACUGAUGGGGGGGAGAGUGAUGUUGUCAGCUGACCUGGGGAAAGGCCCCGCCUCCAUUACCUCGUCCGUCACCGUUAACGAUGGAGACUGGCACGCUGUGAGUGCUGAGGUCAGCCGGCGGUCGGUGUCGGUCUCAGUCGAUGGAUCGAGUCCGGACUCUGUGACGGUUAAAGGAAACCAGCUGGACGUGGACAACAGACUUUACCUGGGAGGAAUACCACACACACACAACACCAGAAGGAUCAAUGUGAGCAGCAGUUUCCCAGGUUGUGUUCGCUCCGUCAGUCUGAACGGGGCCAUGUUGGAUCUGACCAAACCAGUCUCACAGCAUAAUGUCACUUCCUGUUUCACUAAAGACCAGAGAGGAAGUUACUUUAACGGCAGCGGCUACGCCAUCCUCAUGCAUGAUGGCUAUAAAGUCGGCUCGGACAUGUCGGUGACUCUGGAGUUUCGAACGAGUCAAUCGGAGGGAGUGUUUCUGGGAAUCAGCAGCGCAAAGGUCGACGCCAUUGGACUGGAGAUGAUCGACGGACAGGUGGCGUUUCACGUCAAUAACGGGGCCGGUCGAGUGUCGGUACGUUCAGUUGGUCAGGUGUUGUGUGAUGGACAGUGGCACCACCUGCUGGCCAGAAAAACAAAACACACCCUGAGUCUGAGUGUAGAUGGGCAGCGUUACACCACCUCCAACCCCUACCCACAAUCUACCUCUGCUGAGACCAACAACCCCGUGUACCUGGGAGGUUAUCCAGUGGGUGUUAAACAGAACUGCCUGUCCAUCAGCUCCAGGUUCAGAGGUUGUCUGAGGAACCUGCAGCUUGUUAAGUCUCACCUGAGUGAGACUCCUGACCUGAGCUCUGCCCACUUCCUGUUGGGUGUCACACCUAACUCUUGUCCUGUUGCCUAGCAACGCUCAGCCUGGCUCUGACCGGUCGACUGAGUCUGAUUGACAGAGGAAUCGAUCUGCGUGUUGACGAGAUAACUUUCCUGCCCG